AAUAUAGUCGCGGUCAGAACAGCGGAGCGACAAUGCGUCUCGCCGGCUACAUCUUAGUGAUCAUCGCAUCUCUAUUCUGGUACGUAGAGACUUGCGAACCGAAUCAGACUCAAAAUGGUUGCAAGAUAUACGGUUCGGAGUGCCUUUGCGGUUUCGGAUGUAAAACUGAGUACGUAUACAGAACUAGAAGAGCCUGUUUGAGCGCAUUAAGAGAACGGAGUACUAAUAUAUGUUAUCGACAACCCUGCGUCCGUGGAAUCUGCAUUCAAACGGUACAAGAUCCAGGUUUCGCUUGCAAAUGUGAAGGCACCGGUUACUAUGGUCAACGCUGUGAAAAAGCAUGUCCAACAAUUCCAGUAAGAGGCCUUGUGUUCCCACACGAGUGUGUAGUUAUUUGAACUGUUCCAAUGUUUAAAAAUAAACUAAUUUAUUUCCUUAAAACUAUAGGCCUCUUUGACAGUCCAGCUAAUUUUUAAACAUCCUAUAGAUAAUACGGAAGAAAAUCAAAUAUGUUGAACACCAUUGUCUAUCUAUUCAGAGAUUUGUAAAGACUUGUACCUACAAAAAGAAAUAAAUCAUUGUACU